GGCUGCCUUCAAGCGAAUCUACGCUCUGAUUCCGCUUCCCGGAGAGACCGCUGAGUUCUUCGUAGACGCGCCCAGGACCAUUGUGCAGGCACUCACGAAACGAAAUUUCAUCUUGGCGCAGCACAAGCAGACCUACAUCUUGGUCUCACCUGCAGAGGCGGUUCGCCCAGAGCUUCCAGCGAGCGUUGACAUGCAUUUGAGCGCAGACGUCAGGAAGGAGUUGGAGGCCGUGCUAAAUCGCGGAAAGCGGUUCAUCCCGGCAGACGUUCUCAAUGGCCGGCUAGCCGCAGCCCUUCACAUCCCAGAGCUGAAUGCAAGCAUCGCGUUCGAGCUUUUGAGUCGGCUGUCUCGCGAGGAUUCAGCUGCCAGGACACGGUCCGUGGCUGACCUGGGUUUGCUUCACUUGUUCCUGGGCUGUUCUCAGCAGUGUUGA